AUGGAUAAAGAAAAUCAGAGUGAAAAUCGAGUGACAAGGCUAAAUAAUAAUAACUAUCGUUCAUGGAAGAUUGAGAUGAGAUGGUACCUGACAGGAAAAGGGCUGUUGGAUCAUGUGUUAACUCAGGUACACAUUGAGGACUGUGCAAGCGCAUAUGAAGCAUGGUCCAUACUGGAACAGGUGCAUCAGCCCAAAUCGAGGGUGAGAAUUACGCAGUUGAAGAAGGAGUUCUAUCAUCUGAGAAUGAGAGAUGACGAGAACAUGCCUGCGUACCUUGCAAGCGCCAAGAUAGCUGUGACAAACCUGUGA